UAAUUAGGUUAGAUAACAAUGUGUAUAGUUAAUAGUAACUAAUGUAGUAAAAAUUGUGUAAGGCUUAAAUUUUUUUAAAUAUUAUACAUGACUAACAGUUAAAUGUGAUUAUGUUUUAAUAGUACUGAUAAAUAUAAUGAAUAACGUUUAAAAAAUAAUAAUGAAAAGAUCUCUAUACAAUCCCUUAUAUAUUAAAAAGUUUCAUUGUCAUUUAAUGGUUUCACACUAUAUUGGACACGUGACAUCUUCACAUUAAUUUGAAAAUACGGACGUUGGCGGGUCACCUUGAUAGAGCUCUUCACAAUUAUGUUUCCUAUUUUGAUUACAAUUAAACACAAGGAAGUCAUAUCCUUUAGCUCAUACAAAAGGAUAUGACGCAAAGCUCAUUUAGCUCAUACCAAGUCGCAGAUCAUCUGGCUCAAAUUGAACUAAUUUUUUUCAUAACACUUGAUAACUUCAUUAUGGUAAAGAAGACAUCUCAAUCUCGAUUAAAGGUACGAGAGAGAGGAGAGAAAUUGAGUCUUAAAAAAGGCCGAAACAUAUAAAACAACAACAGAUAUAAAGAGCUCAAAACAUAGUGCUUUAUUAAAAAUAAAACAGAGGCCAUCACACCUCAAGAGAGCCUACUACGUUAAAAGGCUUCGAGGAGUCUCAGUCGGGUGCAACAUCUACAGUUUCUUCUUAUUGGAUUGAUUGGUUCAACCAUGACGGACCAAUACACACUAUAUACGACUGAUAACAUGAUCUGGUGGAAGUCACUGUGGUGGUGGUGCGGUCUGGGUGUUCUAGAGAUGGGCGUUCAGAGGGCAUUUCUAGAGAUGGAGUGUUGCAAAGCACUCAACUGCCCAAAAAAACUUAGAAGGUCUGCCUCUAAAGCGUACGAUACCCAAUGAUACUUUUGAGAAAGCUCGACGGCCAUAAACAACAUGUUGUUCCUUGUGAUCGUGUUACUAGCCAUGGUACUCCACAUUUCACAUUAGUGUUUAUCCAAGACUAGCUACUAUGAAUUUAACAAAAUAGUGACAUGGUUUUCGCCAUCCUACGAGCGAUGAGAGACAAGAGCUUACCUGCUGCUCCCCGAUUUUGUUAUAUUGAAUUUGCUUCCAUCCAGACUUCAGCAUCUCUCCUUCGCAGCAACCGCAAAUAAAGACAUCUAAUAAAUGAAGUUCUCGACAACUAUGUCAGUGCAAGAUUUCGAUGAUGUUAUAGCUGAUGAUCCUAAGUGCAUUAUUUUGUUGAUGUUAUACAAAACUUGGCUUAUGUCAGCUAAGAAGUCAAGUUCUCGCGACAGAGGGCACAAUUGUUUGUGUCACAGCUUAUGAUAGUAUGUGCAAGAUUUUGUUGAUUUUAUACAUUUUAGAGUUCGGUACAGAGGCGGAGGUACGUUGUGGGUUGGGGGGGCAAUUGCCUACCAUGAAAAUAUUAAAAUUAGUUUAGUUUUAUAACAAAUUGAAGUUAUGCCCAUGUUGUUAUAUUAUUUCUUUGCCCCCUAUACUCUAAAUAAUUACCAUAACUAAAAAUAUUCUAAUUCAUAUAAAUAUAAAACAAAAGUUUUUAUAUCUACAAUCUCAUAUUUUAGUGAAUUGGGCUUUAUUUAGUUUAGCAGAUCUAAUCCAUUUUAAAUAAAAACAGUUUUUAUUAAAUAAAUAGAAAAUAUGGAUAUUUGUUUUAGGAAAAUCAACUAGGUCUACGUCUUCUCAACUUCUUCUGUCGUCUUCUUCCCCUGCAAUUUUUUUCCACCGGCUAGAAUCACUCGCGAAAUUUUCUGUCCAUGUAAGUUUUUUUUUUCUAUUUAUUUAAUUAGUUUAUAUGAUUAUAUCUAUUUUAAAUGUUUGUUUGAUUCUCUUUUUAUUGCUUUCUAUCCCAAAAUUGUCUAAUGAUAUGCUUUAAGGUUGUGACUUGUGAUGUUAAUGUAGAAUAAUUUUAGACUCAUCCAAUAUUAUUAUAUAUGAUUUUGAUUUUAACGUGAAAAACUGAUUAGCUAAAUAUGAUGAAUUGUGUUUAGUUUAGUAACAUGUUAAAAGUCUUAAUGUAAUUGACUUUAUAAUAAUAUACUAUUUCUACUGAUUUGCAGAUAAAUGGAGCGAUAUUAUAACAAAACGAGUGCUUCAGAUUCUAAAAGAAAUUUGGAUAAAUUGGAUAACUCUGAUGAUUUGGAUUCUUUGCCAUGGGAUCCAGCUGAAAGAAAAAAGAUAUCGCAGUAUCUUCCGAAUCAAAAAGACGAAGUAAGGCGGAAAUAUUUAACUAGAGGUCCUUGUCAGCCCUAUGGUCAUGUUUUUCAAAAGAAGAAGUUUGGAACAACAAUGAGGCGGUUUAAUCCAGCUUGGUUUGAGAAGUAUGGUAAUUGGCUAGAGUACAGCGUCUCCAAAGAUAAAGCAUUCUGUUUGUGUUGCUAUUUGUUCAGAGAUGACAUACCAAAACAAGGUGGAAAUUAUGCUUUUGUGACUGAAGGUUUUUCUUGUUGGAAAAAACCCGAGGCUUUAUCUGAGCAUGUAGGUGGAAUUAAUAGCUUUCAUAAUAUUGCUGUUAAGAGAUGUGAUGAUUUGAUGAAUCAAGGUCAGUCAAUUGUGCAUGCUUUUUAUAAGCAAGACGAUGUGGUGAAAAAUGAAUAUCGCAUCCGGUUAAAUGCUUCAGUUGAUGCUUCUAGGUACUUGUUACGACAAGGAUUACCUUUCCGCGGUCAUGAUGAAGGAAAAGAUUCUGCUAAUAAAGGAAACUUUGUAGAGCUUUUGAAGUAUACAGGAGAACAAAAUGACGCUGUAAGUAAGGUUAUUUUGGAGAACGCUCCAAAAAAUAAUCAGAUGGUUUCUCAAGUGAUUCAGAAAGAUAUUGUACAUUGUUUUGCUCAAGAAGUACUGAAAUCUAUCAUGGAAGAAAUCGAUCAUGGAGUGUUCGGUUUGAUGGUCGAUGAGUCUGCAGAUGUUUCUAACAAAGAGCAAAUGGCUGUUGUCUUUCGGUUUGUUGAUAAAAGUGGAUUAGUUAAAGAGAGAUUUGUGGGAGUUACUCAUGUAAAAGAAACGUCUUCUUUAUCUCUGAAAUCUGCAGUUGAUGACUUGUUUGCAAAACAUGGAUUGAGCCUAAAACAGUUGAGAGGACAAGGUUAUGAUGGAGCAAGCAAUAUGAAGGGACAGUUUAAUGGGCUGAGAGCAUUGGUUGCUAGAGAAAAUAGUUCAGCCUAUUAUGUACAUUGUUUUGCUCAUCAACUUCAGCUAGUUGUGGUGGCAGUUGCGAAAAAGAGCUUUGAAGUUAGUAAUUUUUUUGACAUGGUUUCGACUUUGCUGAAUGUGGUUGUGGCUUCUUGCAAGAGGAAAGAUACACUUCUUGAUAUGAAUCGGAAGAGGGUGGAGGAAGGGAUUGACAGUGGUGACAUUAACACUGGAACGGGACAAAAUCAAGAGAUUUCUCUUCCAAGGCCUGGAAAUACUCGUUGGGGUUCUCAUUAUAAGACUUUGCUGCGUCUGGUUGAGUUGUUUCCUUCAGUCAUUGAAAUCCUUGAAAGUGUUCAAGAUGAAGGCGCUGAUGACUCAAAAAGAUGUCAAGCAUAUGGUCUUCUCAAGUAUUUUCACACAUUCGAUUGUGUGUUCUAUUUGCAGUUGAUGCUGUUUAUUUUGGGAGUAACUGAGAAUCUGUCAAUGGCUUUGCAAAUGAAGAAUCAAGAUAUUUCAAAUGCCAUGUCACUUGUAGAUUCAACUAAACGUGAGUUGCAAAAAUUUCGAGAAGAUGGAUGGGAUUUGCUAAUCGGUAAAGUUUCAUCAUUCUGCGAAAAGAAUAAAGCUACUAUGCUUGUGAUGGAUGAAGAAUUUGUGGAUUUACGGAGGCCAAGGAAAAAAACUGGUGUAACCAAUCUGCAUCAUUACAAGGUUAAUUGUUUCUACGCUGUUAUGGAUUUGCAACUUCAAGAGCUUAAUGAUCGAUUUACUGAGGUAAACACUGAUUUGCUUAUUUGCAUGGCUUCUUUAAGUCCUGCCAAUUCCUUCCGUGAGUUUGAUAAGUCUAAGCUUUUGAGAUUGGUUAAGUUCUAUCCUGAUGAUUUUAGUUUUGGAGAGUGUCUAUCUAUGGAACACCAUCUUGGAAUCUACAUUGAUAAUAUAAAAAACGAUGAACGGUUUAAGAAUUUGAAGAAUCUUGGAGAUCUUUCUCGUCUGCUGGUGGAAACAAAAAAGCACCUUGUACAUCCUUUAGUUUAUAGGCUCUUGAAGUUGGUUUUAACAUUGCCUGUUGCUACUGCAAGUGUUGAAAGGUGCUUUUCUGCAAUGAAAUUAGUGAAGACAGCUACACGUAACCGAAUUGGAGAUGAGUUUCUAAGUGAUUGUUUAGUAUGUUAUAUUGAAAAGGAGUUGUUUGAAUCUGUUACAAACGAAACAGUGGUGAAGCGAUUUCAAUCCAUGAGAGAGCGUAGGAUCCAUUUGUAAUGAUUUGUACGGUUUUAUGACAAUGGUUUUUAUAUUUUAUCUAGUAGUUUUUAUUUAUGCCCCUGAUACAUAUAGUUUCUAG